UACUAAAUGAUUUUUCCCAUCUUUAUAAUUCAUGAUAUCAGAGGAUGGUUGGGAGGAAGAUUUGAAGUAAAUAUUUGACAUGGAGAAGACACCAGUUUACACCACACCCAGUUCUGAGACCAUUGGAGAGCCACCUAUCAAGAAGCACAGACUCAUCAAUAGUGGAUCAACUCCACAAAGAAAUGGCCUGACCCCCGUCAGACAAAGACUAGAACAACAGAGAAAGAAGCUCCUAGAGAAAGAUACCAGUGCUCAGCAGGAGACCAGCCCUACACUGCAGAAACUGAGGGACACUCCAGGUCGAGUGAACAAAGACAAACAUGCCUUGAUCAACAAGCACCUUGAUACAAAGCACAACAUGGAUCGACUCAGUGUAGGAGGCGGAGUAUCACUGUGGCCAGAAAUGGAGGACAUGCGUCUCUCGCUUCCUGAAAUACUGAAGCUGGGAGCUCUCUGCUUCUCAUUGUUUGCAAUGGUUAUCUUAUUAUUCACAAAAUUACAUGGUGAUGUUGUGCAAAAUCUAUUGCUGUUUCACCAUAGACUUGUAGACUUCAGUAAUAAACAUGGUAUAAAUGUUACAGCAACAAGUGAUAAAUUCAGAUCAUCUGUGAUAGAAUGGCAUCUUCAUCAUAAACUUUUACUAGAUGAGAUUCAUGCCCGUUUUGAUGUCAGUAAGUUCCCUAUGACCUACGUGAUGUAUAUAGUUGUAUAUGGAGGAGGAAUGGGUACGCUGGUCUACUUCCUGGCUGACAAUGUCUGGUCCAAAAGUAAACUCUCACCACGCCGAAUCAAACAAUGGACAAGCCUGCUCACACUGAUUGGUACUUGGACAGUGGCCCUGACCUACAUGCUUGUUUGUGCUUACAUGGUGGAAAUGGCAAUAAAAAAUAAUGUUCACAAAAUUACAGAAGUUCUGGGAGAGGCCAUAGCAACAGACUUUGACCUUAGUGUUUUACACGCUGUUGUGGAGUACUGGAGAACUCGUUGCUUAGCAACAGGAACUAUUAGGGUCAUGGGUCUUCUGGAGGUCAAGGACUUGUUGUUCUAUCUACAGUACUACCUUGUCCCCGUGGCUACAAUACUUGGGACUCCUGUCAUUAAACUUGUAGUUUCACUUUAUCACAUAUAUAGUUAUAAACACAAAUGAACCCCUCAAAAUUGAUAUUUGUAAUUCAAUGCUUAGGCCAAUACAUGUAUUACACUUACUUAACUUUUUACAGGGUAAAAUGUUAGGUCAAAACUUACAGGUUAUGC